CGCUCGCCAGUCGCGUCGCGACGUCCGCAGCCGCCGCCCGCUCGCCCGCGCACGCGCUCGCAUCGGCGCCGCCGGCUCCGCAACAUGCCACGAAACGACGAGGACGGAGGUGGAGGCAGGGGCGCGCGCGCGUGGGUGGUGCGCUGGUGGCGCGCGCUGCUGGCCGAGCUGCUGGCCACGGCGCUGCUGGUGCUGCUGGGCGUGGCCACGCUGGUGGUGGGCCCCGCGCCGCUCACGCACCCCGCGCUGGCCUUCGGCUUCGUGGUGCUCAUCAACGUCGUGGCCUUCGGGCCCGCCUCGGGCGCGCACAUGAACCCCGCCGUCACGCUGGCCGCGCUCGUCUGCGGCAAGAUCGCCUGGGCGCCCGCGCUCGCCUACGCGGUGGCUCAGAUGCUGGGCGCGACGCUCGGGUUCGGCGCGCUGCUGGCGCUGGUCCCGACGGCGGCGGCGCCCGCGGGCUGCACGCGCUCGCCGCUGGCGCCGGCCGCCGCCGCCGCCGUGGAGGCGCUGCUGACGGGCUCGCUGGCGCUCAUCGCGGCCGGCGUGUGGGCCGAGCACGACGAGCGCCGCCCCGACCGCUCCGUGCCCAUCAAGUUCGGGCUCGCCAUCGCCGGGCUCGUCUACGCUGGGGGUCCACUAACAGGCGCCAGUCUCAACCCAGCCAGAAGCUUCGGACCAGCUCUCAUACACGGAUUCUGGAAGGAUCAUUGGGUGUACUGGGUGGGCCCGCUGGGCGGCGCGGCGCUGGGCGCGGCGCUGCACCGCUGGGUGCUGACGCCGCCGCCGCCCGCGCCCGCCGCGCUGCGCCCCGAGCAGCUGCCGCUGCAGGACAAGGUCUGAGCUCGAGCCCGCUCUCCGCUCCGCUCCAAUGUUUGUUUCUACCCGUUUACAUCGACUCAAGCUCAUAUUGCACAGUACGGAACUACUCAAAAUAUUUAUACAACCGCUGACAGGAAACUGCAAAAUUACAUUUUGGGUGAUGUGAAAUACGCCACUGACCCGAAUUCUCUUCUCGUGCGUCUGAAAAUCCGGGAAGGUGUAGCUUAAGUGUGACUCCACUGCGCCGCUCGACGCUCACUCAUUGCGUCGCAGCGGUGAACGAGUGAAACGAUCAUGGUGUUAUGUAACCUAGUUAAACGACGUUGUAAAUAUAUUGUAUUUUUUACAUAAAGUUAUUAAUGUGUUUAUUUUACACUUUUUUAGUGUUUCAGGUACCUUUAAUCCAAUUUAGUUAAGCAAUAGGGCUUAGG